UUUAGCGGCACUUGCAGCAUGGACGUGAGUUAACAAGUCGCUUUUGAUUCAAUACCGGCAGUAUUGAAAACAAUUUUUAUUCUUUCAGUUUAUUUCAAGAAUUUAAAAAUGGGUUGUUCUUUUUUAUCAAAACCAGUGACCGAGAAAUUGUCGGACGAUGCAUCAAAUGAUCGACUUAGUUAUGGCGCCAGUUCUAUGCAGGGUUGGCGUGUCAACCAAGAGGAUGCUCAUAAUUGCGUACUAGACUUCGACAAAAGUACUUCAUUUUUUGCUGUGUAUGAUGGACAUGGGGGCCAUGAGGUUGCCCAGUAUUGUUCAGAAAAGUUACCUCAAUAUAUUAAAGACACAUCUGCUUAUAAAGAAAAUGACUUGGAGCGUGCCUUGAUUGAUGGGUUUCUGGGAUUUGAUCAAACCAUUACUUCUCCAGAAGUUAUAGAAACAUUAACAAAGUUAGCUGGGGAGAAUCUGAAUGAUGACGGUAGUGAUGAUGAAGAAAAUAUUGAUAACUUGUAUGAAGAAGCUGCAAUGCCAAUAGAGCAAGUGAUUGAAAAGUAUACCAAUUUAGCAAACCCAGCUUUAAAAAAUUUGAAAAAAGGGGAAUUCCUGAAAUCACCCUUUCUAAAGGCAAAAAAAGAUACGUCGUCUGAUGAGGCCUCAUGUUCUGCCACAUCAAGUUGCCAAUCUGAAAAUAAAGAAACAUCAAAAUCCCAGGAUUCGAGUGGUAGCAGCUCUAAUCUUGAAACUGUUGAAGGAACUGUCUCAUCAGAGGUUAAAGAUGAACCUGAAAAAUCAGAACCAAACGGUGCAGUCCCUCAAAUUAAGGUGUCGUCGCCGGAAAAUCUUGGUACCGAAGAGAGUGACACAACUACUGAGACACCAAAGAAUGAUAAUAAAUCUGAAUCACCGCAAAAUGGAGAAAUCUCGGAUGAAAAGUCGAACGCUGAUCCCACUAGCUCUACUCCACAAGAAAAUGGAGAUGUUACCAGUAAAGGCAAAGGAAAGGCUAUUCCUAAAAAUAAAUCCCCAAAAACACCUGCCAUAGUGAGACCUAAACGAAACGCUAAUCAAUUAUAUAAGGCGUUAUUGAAUUUUGGGCAAGACAGUGAGGAUGAUGAAACUGAAGAUGAUGACAAAACUUUUGAGGGGCCAAAUGUAGAAAGUUCUGAUGAUGAAGAUGAAGGUGUGAAUGUGGCUAUUGAGAUGGAAGAUUCAGAAGAAGAUGGUAGCUCUGAGGAAGAGGAAGAUGAGGAAGACUGUGAUGAAGAAGAAGAUGAAGACGAUGAAGAUGAACAAGAUGUGGCUUUAGGGGAUGGUUUUGAGAAACCUGGAUCUGAUAGUGGAUGUACUGCAGUUGUGGCAGUUCUUAGAGAAAAUGAGUUAUAUGUGGCUAAUGCCGGAGAUUCCAGAUGUAUUGUUUGUCGAAAUGGAAAGGCAAUAGAAAUGAGCCUUGAUCACAAACCGGAAGAUGAUAUAGAGCGCCAAAGAAUAGAAAAAGCUGGUGGUAAGGUGAAUUGGGAGGGACGAGUCAAUGGAGGUUUGAAUCUUUCUAGAGCAAUCGGAGAUCAUUCUUACAAACAAAAUAAAGAACUGUCGGAUAGAGAACAGAUGAUAACUUCUUUGCCAGAUAUCAAGACACUUACAGUUAAUCCCAAAGAAGACGAAUUCAUGGUUCUUGCCUGUGAUGGUAUCUGGAAUUUCAUGUCCAGCCAAGAGGUCGUUGAUUUUGUCAGACCAAGAAUAAAUACUUGUGAUAAAUUGUCUAAAAUUUGUGAGGAG